AUGCAUCGUUGGACACCAUCAAUAUCACCAGUUCCAAUGACUUCAUUGGAUCAUAAUUCAAAAUUUGACAAUCAACGAAUAUGCUUAUAUUGCUGGAAAGUUUUUAUAUCUACAUUAAUUCUAUUAGUACUUCUUAGUUUUUGUAUUGUCUAUUCUAUACAAAAAGAAAUAUUUUUUCAACAAAAAUAUCAACAUAAACAACAAGAACAAUUUAAUCAACAACAACAAUUAUCAUUUGAUACAUAUAUUCAAGAUAUAUCAAAUAUACUUUUACAAAUAACAGAUAAAAAUUAUAUAGAUAAAAAAUUUCUUCUUCAUAUAGAAACAAAAACAUUAAUGAUAUUAAGAAAUUUAGAUAUUAACCGAAAAAAAGAUAUUAUUUUAUUUUUAUAUGAAAGAAAUCUUAUUCAAAAUAAUCAAUUAAAUUUAUAUGGAGCUAAUUUAAAUAAUGUUGAAUUAAUAUGUCCACAUGAUUUUCAUUAUUUUUAUUUACCUGGUGUAUUAUGGUCGAAUGCUAUAUUUAUUAAUUGUCAUUUAACAUUUGCUAAUUUAAAUCAUGCAUAUCUUAUUAAUGCUCGAUUUAUUAAUUCAACGCUUCGAAAUGCAUCAUUAAUUGAAACAAAAUUAGAUAAAAGCUAUUUUAUACAAACAAUAAUUAUGAAUGUUAAUUUUCAUGGAGCUUCACUUAUUCAAGCAGAUUUUCUUCAAGCUGAUAUUGUUCAAGGAAAUAAUUUUACAAAUGCUGAUUUAUAUCACGCUAAAUUAACUAAUGAUCAAUUAGAAGGAAAAAAAAUUUCAAUUAUUAAACAUGAUUUUUAUCAUGCACGAUUUCCUAAUGGGUCAUUUGGUUUAUUAAAUUCAGAAGAAAAUUUAAUUUCCAAUGGAAAUGCUGAAAUGGAGUGCUUUGCUGAUCAACAAACAACAUGGAAAACUGUUGAUCAUAAUAUGAUAUUAUCAACUGCAAAAAUUGAGAAUAUAACAAAUGACAAUGAAACAAUUAAUGAAAAUCAUUGGGGAAAUUGUUCAUUUAUCAUUUCACCUAAAACACGAAUCUAUCAAGAGAUUAAUUUACAUUCAUAUUCGGUUUUGAUUGAUACGAAUAAUGCUGCAUUUUCUUUCUUAGGUUUUGCUAAUUGUCAUCAAUCUUAUUUUGAAAUUAAUAUGUAUCAUUCGAAUGAUAUUUUACAUGCAUCAAGAAUUUAUUCAAAACCUUGGGAAAACAUGGAGUUAAAUAAGAAUAAAUCAAUGCAUGCAUAUGGUGAACAGCGAUAUAAUGUGUCAGCACAUACACGACGUAUUCAAAUUUAUUUUGGUAUUGAAAUAUCCGAAGAUAAUUUUUCAUGUUAUUUUGAUAAUAUUACUUUAACUAUUUAUCAAAGUCAAAUAAAAUAA